AUGAGUGUGCCCUGCUCGGACCCAGAUUUUAGGCCGACGAAGAAGAAGGAUGCUAGUUUGCCCCCGGGUGUGAGAGCGGAGCGCUGUUGUUGCGGCCGUCUUGCGAAGGUGAAGCAGUCUCUCCUGCCCCUGUGCAAGUGGUUUCACUGGAUAGACAAGGAGCAGCCAGAAUGGGCGCGGGAAGAGGUUAAGGAAAAAGGCCGGUGUGCAUGGGCAAGGUUCUUUGAGGAAGAACGUCAAGAAAAGGCCCAUGCUAAUGAUAAAGCAGAGAGGGAAAGACAUAUACAAAAGUUAAGGGCAGAGGAAGCUCGAAACAGAGAGGUGAACCAGAAGAGGAUGGACGAAGAGGCUGCACGUCGGUAUGCAGAGGAAGAGGUGCGCAAGGAGGGCCGUGAGACGGAAAGGAAGAGAUUAAGAGAAAGGGCUGCUGAGGCGCAGGCAGCCGAAAAACGCGGCGACAGGACCGGAAAAUGGCCACGCUGGACCCAGGGCAAGUAG